CUCCCCGGGGCGCGCGGGCCGCGCUGCCGAGAAGCCCAGGCGGCGUCCUGGGGCCCGAGCCCUCCCGCCAGGGCACUUCUGACUUUCACCAGAGCGGAUAAUACAGAUACAUGUGUUUAUUGAUUCGGAGCAAACGUUUUGAUGUAGAUGUCCGUGCCUUAGCAACUGUAGCUUCCUGGUAAUGGCAUGACCCACGAAAUCAGCCCAUCUCUUGCUCUACGGGACUUUCUGAAAUAACACUCUCCUUGAUAUGUUCAUUACCUCAUCGUCUGACCUGCCUGGGUUGAAGAGACUGAAGACAGCUGAGGACAGGCUGAUGGGCUCAGCUGGUAGGUUCCACUAUCUCACCAUGACCGCUGAAAAUCCGACGCCGGGAGACCUGGCUCCCUCCCCCCUCGUCACUUGCAAACUCUGCCUGUGUGACCAGUCCCUGGACAAGAUGACCACACUCCAGGAAUGCCACUGCGUCUUCUGCACAGAUUGCUUGAAACAGUACCUGCAGCUGGCGAUCCGAGAGGGGUGCGGGUCUCCCAUCUCCUGCCCUGACACGGUGUGCCUCAGCCACGGGGUCCUGCAGGAAGCGGAGAUUGCCUGCUUGGUACCUGUGGACCAGCUUCAGCUUUAUCAGCGGUUAAAAUUUGAACGAGAAGUUCACCUGGACCCCUACCGAACAUGGUGUCCUGUUGCAGACUGUCAGACAGUGUGCCCCGUUGCGUCAAGUGACCCAGGACAGCCAGUACUGGUGGAGUGUCCUUCUUGUCAUCUGAAAUUCUGCUCAUGUUGCAAGGAUGCUUGGCAUGCAGAAGUCUCCUGUAGAGACAGUCAGCCUGUUGUCCUGCCGAUGGAGCACGGGGCCCUCUUUGGGACAGACACAGAAGCCCCCAUUAAGCAAUGCCCUGUGUGUCGGGUUUAUAUCGAACGCAACGAAGGCUGUGCUCAGAUGAUGUGCAAGAAUUGCAAGCACACGUUUUGCUGGUACUGUCUCCAGAACCUGGAUAAUGACAUCUUCCUCAGGCAUUAUGACAAAGGGCCGUGUAGGAACAAGCUCGGCCACUCAAGGGCCUCAGUGAUGUGGAACCGCACGCAGGUGGUGGGGAUUCUGGUGGGAUUGGGUAUCAUCGCCUUGGUGACUUCACCCCUGCUGCUCCUGGCCUCCCCCUGCAUCAUCUGUUGUGUCUGCAAGUCCUGUCGGGGCAAGAAGAAAAAGCACAGCCCAUCCACAACCUAGAGGUCUCUGCUCACGUCCGAGUGCCACAGACGUCUGGGGUUCUAACGAGAAGCACAGUGAGAAAGCCCCCCUUAGCGAACUUGCCUCCUCCUUGCCAACCUUUGAAAAGUGCCUCUGUGUCCAGACUUUGAACUUGCCUUUGGCACCAGGAAAGGCCCAGCCCUGGUGCACGUGUUCCCCUGUAAAGAGAACCAGGCUGUGCCGUCUAGGCUGUGUCUGUGGAGCAUGUCGGAAGCUUUGGGGUUGCUGAGAAGGAACUAACCCACAUCAUUUUAUCCACCAUCCCCCUCCCCCGCAAAGGAUCCCACCGGACUGUUCCACUUCUGGCGAGAUUCAAGGAGCCCGAGUGGACAUUCAGUGUAAUAAAUGUGUUGUCGCGGUUGGCCACGCACAUCACAACUAAGCAGCCAGCAUCUGCUCUGGGUUGAUUUGACCUUGACCACCAGAAGAAACAGGGGAGAAACCCCCACUGUGGGAGGGAAAGAGUGGCACCAUGUGAGGGGAAAUGGUCCUAGGAGCCGCAAAGCAGGCUGCGUGCUUAGGGGUGGGUACGGGGGCUUGGCCUUGGCCGGCCAGCGGGUGCGCUGCUCCCGGCAUUCCCGCGGUGACUUGGCGGGAACACAAUGGGUUUCUCCUUGUGUGAUCUCAGCCUCAAGCACAAAACCGCUGUGCAGAGGGAGUCUUUUCCCAGGGAGAGGGCUGCAGCCUGUACACAACGUGGUCUGACCAGGCGGCACCCCCCUGGCCAGUGCAGCUUUGCGAAGGUGAUAAACUCUCCUCCUCCAGCCGGUAGCCUGGUCUGCAGGUCUGUUCUAUGUGAAAUACGGGUCAAGGGGCAGAGGUUCAAAACCUUCACCCUAGAGAGCAGAGUCCUUUCCUGAGCUCUGCGUUCAUGUGCCCAGCACAUUUAGAAUUGGACCUAAAAGUCUAUAGCAAGAGUGGAUAUCAGAGUCCGUGUGUGCGUCUAGGCCGCCUACCUAGACCCCCCAUCCACUGGGCGUGCGUGAGCAUAUGCAGUGAUACACACAGAACAAAUGUUUCCUCAGAGCCAUUCUGUCUUCCCUUCUGGGACUAACACGCUUUGUUAGAAAUCAACCUAAUGAUAUUUUUUUGCAUAUUAUAUAUUUAAAUUUUGGUUGCAAGUUCAUCACUUACCCAAAGGUAUAGACUCACAAACCCAACUCUUGUGAGAUAUGCCAUCUCCGUGUGUAAAAACACGGAGAAUCAAGGUAGUUACAUAUUUUCAAACACAGCACAAGUAGCUCUCAACAAAGUUUAAUGUUGCUCUGGGAAGCCUCUGUCGGGGCGAGCCAGAUUCUUCCUGUCUGUACAAGGCACUGAUCGAACAACAAAAAAAAUGUAAGAAGUAAACUGUAAAGGCUUUAUGUAUCAUAGUUUGGGUUGGUAUAGCCCUGCUGCAACUUAGUUCCCCCUUUUCCGUUGGUGAGAUUUUUGAAUACAUGGGUUUCAAAAAGACAGUAACUUUUGCUCCGAUGACAGGAUGCCAUAAUCACCAUUAGCAACAUAGUCUGGUGCUUCAUGGAAACAUGUAAAACGCUCUGGAGGCUGUCCUUGGGACGAGGACUGUCAGAACCCAUGACAUUUCCCAAGGUAACUGGGUACCUGGGUGGUUAAAUUGCUGCUCUCCUGGACCCAUUAUUCAGGACCGAUGCUUUGCCUGUGUAAUGGGAUGUGUCCUAAGUGGGGAUGUGUAUAGUUAAGGAACUUUGGUUCCCACGUACAUGUCAAUCCCUGACCGAUGUAUAGUACAUCUCUGCGUUGUGUACACUUUUAUUUACCGUUUUUACAGAACGUAGAUGAGGACUCUCGGAAAACUUUCAAGCAGCAACCAACCAAAAGCAUUUUUAACCAUUUUUUUUGAAACAUCUCAAUAUUAAACGUCUUUCUUUUCCUUUGAAACUCUGAACACUUCAGAACAAAAGAACCCUCUUCUAAGCAAUGUAUUCCUGUUAGUAUAAAUGGAAAUGUACAUAUAUUUGGAUAAUUUGCUUUGUCUUCACACUGCCUCGUUGUAGCACAGGGCAUUUAUAACUGCUCAGGGGGUCACGGGAACUCCGCUGAAACUGAAUUUUUGUAUCAAGAAUGUCAGUAGUGGCAAUGUACUCUUGCAUGAGCGAACUCUCUAAGCUCUAUUCUGCAAAGAAUCUCUAAACAGGGACUGAUUUCAAGUAACCUAAAAUUUUGGGUUAUCAGAGGUGGAGCUCCUGGAUUUUUUUGGUUUUUUUUUUUUUUUUUGGUAUGGGACAGGAUGUGGGGGGUUGCUUUUUUGAAACAGAUUUUAAACAACUGGAUUUAAGUUUUUAAAUGUUGAAAAGUGCCUGGAAAGUAGUGACUUCUUCCUUAAAUAGCUACAUGAAUAGGCCUGUGUCAGGUUGUCAGAAUCAACAGGAAUAGGUUGGUACUUUUAAACCCAGAUAUGUCUCUGGUGCCCCAAAGAGUGAGAAGCAAGCCAAUUUAGAAACUCUGUUUACAAAGGAGAGAGCCAACGACUUUGAUAAAGAGACUAAUGUUUUUGUUUGGGAUAAUUGGCCAGUGAGAGAGUUUAACCUGUCUCCUUGCUCUGUCCGUCAGCUCGAUCUUCUCCUCAUGAUUCUCUUUCCAGACUAGCAAGAAAUAGGAGUCUACGUGACAAUGUUUGGAUGUCAUGGCAAAACCUUUUUGUGUUUGGAGUAAUAGAGUCUAUUUGAAAUAGGAAUCGGACUCCGUCACCCAGCUGUCAUCUGGGAACACUAGCAGAUGGAAGGCAAGAACUCGCUGUUGUCCCUUCUGGGAAUUUUUUUCUUAUCAGGUAGGGAGGUGAGGGGGAGAGCCAUAGGGAAGCAAAUUUUGGAAUCAUAGGCAUUCUGUUUGUUCAUGCAAUGGGUGUUCGCUCUGGACUUGAAAUCUCUAGAUAAAGAGGCCUUUGAAAAACAAGUAAUUCACAGUGUGAAUUUUCUUGUACCCUACAUCAUGAAAAAUUUACCUAUCCACAUUUGCAAAAUGUGUAUGUUUCUUUGAAUGUAAAUCACUGUUUCUGGAAACCCCAAAUUGUCUCUUAAAAGUUAUUCCGAAUCUACAUACAUCUUAUUUUACCCUUCUUUACACAGUGCUUGACUUUCUGUUCCUGAAUGGAUGCCUUUAUGUAUAUAGACCCAUGUAUAUAUUAUGUGUAGCUCUGAAGAUAAUUUCAUAAUGCCUUAGAUGAAUGACAUUUUAUAAAGCUGUCGAAUUGAUAUCUGUAGGCUGUUACAUCUCAUGUUGAUUCAUGAUCCAGAAAGUUUUGUUAUGUAUUUAAGAAAUUGCUGUUGUAUUAUAUUUUUCUGAUUAUUUGAGAGGAAAAUAGCUGUUUCAGUCUCUGUUGCCCCAAUAAAUGUGGAACAGAAAAGCAAGUGUGGUUAACCUCUUUGGUGCCACAGGUUUCUAGACACAUUUAAUUUUGUCCUCCAAGAACCCCCAAGCACUAUUACAUCCCAGGUUCUGAAUUUACAAAAAGUACCUAAAUCCUUGACGCCAUUCAUGGAAAUAACUCUUGCUACCUUGUUUCUUAAAAGAACUGAGAAGUAUAAUGCCUUCACUUGUUGCAGACAUUUUUGUUGUAUGUGCAAUAUCUCACACUGUCAGUGGAUGGGCAUUGGUAAUAAUUCAGGGGAACAACCGAUAAUUUAGGUCUUUGAUCAUUCUAAUAAAAAAUACUGCCAGGGAUCAAAGCCAUUAGUUCUAUAAAAUGAGGGUUGGAUUGUUGCUCUCUCUGGUUCGUUCUACACAAGUCUUUUGGAGGAUUGUAUUUCCUCGUUAUGAAUUUUAAAGGAUUUACACUAGUGUUAACUUAAGGUCAUUUCCAUUUGAUUAGUAUUCAAGGCAGGACUCACCAAAGUGUGAGUGCCAAAAGUUGGUUAACAACUAGAACUUGUGUUUGUGCAAAACUGAAAGCUCACAUUCCUGUGUACUGGUGUUGAUGCCUUUCUCCAGAACAUCAGCUCCAUGGUUGUGGCAGGAUGCCUGAAUAUAAAGACUUAGGACUGACUUAGAAUUCAGAUUUCAUUUUGUAGACCUUCAGGUUUGAGGAAAUCAAUCAGUCCAUAUUAAAAGAGUUUUGGGUUAUGGUU